UUAUGUCUGCAGUCUAUCAUAUCACCUCUUUUGUGUGGUAUCUUCUUCUCAUUUACUUGCUUCUUAACACGCAGUACGACCAUGCACCUGCAGGAGUGUUCUUAUACGCUGGUCAAUGGAAGUACCUCACAUUCCUAAAUUUAUUUCUGCAGAUGAUUUUCAAUGGGUUGUGCAUCCUGGCAGAUGUACAGAAACGGGCAGUAUGGAUCCUGUCACUAAGAGACCUCUUCUUCUCAGUCCUGGUUUUCCCUGUUGGUACUUUCGUUGUCACAGCCUUUUGGCUUUUAUUCACAUUUGAUAGAGCAUUGGUGUAUCCUGAAGACCUUGAUAAGUUCAUUCCUUUAUGGGUAAACCAUGCUGUGCACACUAUUGUACUGCCAUUGGUCCUACUGGAGCUCUUCAUCACACCACACCAAUAUCCAAAACGAAGAACUGGGCUUCUCAUCCUAGGAAUUGUUUCCAUUUCUUACCUGCUUUGGGUUCUGUGGAUUUACUACGUGGCUGGAGCCUGGGUCUAUCCCUUGUUGGGCCUUUUUAAUCAAAUAGGCCUGGUGUUAUUUUUCUCAGUGAGUCUACUGUUGGUCAUGCUUUUGUACCUCCUGGGAGAACAGCUCACCUUUUUAGUAUGGGGUUUAACUGAAAAAGCAAAGAAAACAUAAAUGAGAUGCAAGCACAAUGAAGAAGUCAUUCGUCUUAUGCACCUUGGAGUACCCUGCCACUAUCCUUCUUGCAUCCCAUAAAAGCCACUAUACAUUAUUAUAUUCUCCCGCAGAAACUAUGAUCUAUGGAUAGAUAAUCUCUGAAAGAAGUAUGGCAUAACACUAAGAAUUAUCUGCUAAAAUUGUCAUUCAGAAAGUGAGAAAUGCUUAGUUUGGUGGAAGGUAGGAAAUAGGGAACUGGAACAAUGUAAAACACAAAGAAAAUGAGAAUCUCUGCUAUACAUGUCUGCUCUUUUGGGGGACGUCGUGUGGAUUUCCUAUUGCAGAUCUUAUGGAAAGCUCAGGUAAAAAAAACAAGGAAAAUUAAGGAUGGGCAAUAAAUGCUGACCUUCCUAGUACUGCCCACAUCCCAUAAAUGAAUUUUAAAAUCAUUGCUGCUAUGUUUAGCCAUUUACAAUAUGUGUUUUUGUGCCCCAUUAUGAUUGGAUGUAUACUCCCCUGGUGGAAAUAGUGUGGUAAAAGUGCUAGUUUUACAUUAAGAUCAACUCUAUUAAUGUGACUGACAAGAAACACGGCUCUCCAUUGUGUGUAAUGCAUCAGAUAG